AUGAAACCUCAAAAAAGCAUUAUAAAAGAACUUAAAACUUAUGAACAUAAUCUAUUUAAAUCUAACAAAGAACGUAAGAAAAUAAACAUAAAUGACUUUCCUAAUCUUUCUAGAAAGCCUAUUGAAUGGACAGAUUGUGAUUAAUUUAUUAAGCUCAGAUAAUUUAAAUGUGAUAAAAGAUUGGCGAUUAAAUUAUGUUAGCAAUAUAAAAUUCAUAGAUCUGAUUAACAAUUUUUUGAUACCAUAUAAAAUGUGAAUAUUGAAAAUGAAGAGUAUAAGAAAAUUUAAAAUGUUACUACUUUAUGUUAUUUAUUAGUGCACAUCAUUUUUAUUGAGACAAAUUAGAUAAAAUCAAUUAAAAAAGUCAAAACAUAGAAUGGAAUAUUAAGAAUCAUAAUUUGAUAGCAAAAUGUCAUCAAUUUUAGACCAUUCUUUUUCAAAAUUCUAAAGAUCUUUAGAUAAACAUAUAGAAAUUGAAAAUGAUUUUUAACAUAGAUUUAAUUUAAAACAAUUAACAAAGGAAUAAUUGUUAAAGAAAUUAUAGUUAUUGUAACACUAUUAAAUUUGUUAUUAGAAAUAAAGGAUUAAAACAAAAUUUGUAGACUGAGAAUAUAUAAUCAAAUGAAUCCAUUCCAAAAAUCAGUUUUCCUGCUACAUUUACAGUAGUAAUCAAUUAAAGUUUAUAAUUAAGAUUCAUCCAUCUUUAACAGAAAGAAAAUAUUCUAAAGCAUAAACUCCAACAUCUGGAUUAUAAACUUAAAGGGAUACAAAAACCAAUUUUACAAAGACAUUUGUAAAGUGGUAAUUUAAUUAAACCAGCAACAGAUCCCUUUAGCAAAUUAAGAAAAUAAGGGAAGAUUAAGGUAAUUUAAAGCCUUCACUUUCAAAAGAUUUACAUAGUUUAAAAUAUAUAGGAACUUUGAAUGAUAUAGGUUAAGUGAAACAUAAGAGUAAAAGACACAAAACCAAUCAUAGCAUAAUUAAACAUAUUAGUGGUUUUGGAUGA